AUGCAGUACGUCCGGAGUCUAGGGAGCGGUGUCUCCAAGACGUGGAAUUCCAUCAAUCCAGCAACCUUGUCCGGAGCCAUCGACGUUAUUGUGAUUGAACAGCCUGAUGGCUCUCUGGCCUGUUCGCCUUUCCAUGUGCGCUUUGGCAAGUUCUCUUUACUGCGGCCUUCGGAUAAGAAGGUUGCAUUUAAGGUCAAUGGAGUGGCUCAACCUUACGCCAUGAAACUCGGGGAUGGAGGGGAAGCCUUUUUUGUCUUCGAGACGUCGAGUGAGAUCCCAGAAGGAUUACAGACAUCUCCUUUAAUAUCUCCCGCCAAUAGUCCACCUAUAAAUGCUGCAGGCAGACCCCCUUCCCCCGGUCUUUCGGAACCUACCUACUUGGAUAUCACAGAGGCAGCAAAGGGUCGUCAUACACCUCCCAUUUCAAGCUCAGCUCCGGUGCCUAUAAUAAGACGCGAGGGGACGAACAUGAGCGAAGAAAUUGAUCUAGGUACCAUACACACCGAUCCAACUGGGACCCCUCUAUCCGAUACCACUCUCACCUCUCCUGGCUCACUGGGCCGAGCGGCAUCUGAAGAAAUCCUCCCCGUCACUGCACGAGAGCAACUGGAUUCGGUCAGUGGAGCUUUUCAUAACAGUGGCCUACCUCCUUCGCCAAGAUUGGGUCUGGAUGGGACUGUUACUCCGAAAGCUUCUGCGAGCCCUCCCGCUCUAAAACCGAAACAAGCAUACGACCGAGCAAUGACCCUCUCGAAGAAACUCUCUUCCUCCAACAUUCGAUCCCAAGUUACCGAGUCCGGAGACCUUAUGCUUGACAUGACGGGGUAUAAGACGAGCGAGCCUGAAGCUCUGCGAGCAGAAGCCGUGGCCCGGAAAAUCCUCUCGGAAGAACUGGAGGGGAACUACGAUAUUGGGUCUUUGAUUGGGACUGACGAGCACGGAAACCUAUGGAUAUAUAGCAGCGAAGAAGCUCGAGACGCAGCUGCCCGAAAAUGGGCGGCACAGAAUCCAGAGUCAACUACCACCAUCUCAGCGGACAACAUCUCUGAUCCAGGCUAUCACAGCGACAGCGACCGCAGCGCCUCGCCGCAGCUUACCGCGAAAACUUCCGGCCACCAGCGCGCACAAUCCGAAGAGAUCCAGCCUUCUCGCCCCUCUGGGGAACAAGCUCGAAAUUUCGCGAAGACGCUCCGGCUAACGAGCGAUCAACUGAAGUCACUUAAUCUGAAACGGGGCGAAAAUCAAAUGUCAUUCACCGUCAACCGCGCCACAUGUAUAGCCUACAUGUUCUACUGGACUUGUGACGUCCCCAUUGUGAUAUCCGAUAUUGAUGGGACAAUCACCAAAUCGGAUGCCUUGGGUCAUCUCCUCAAUAUGGUCGGGCGCGACUGGACGCAUGUUGGCGUGGCCAAAUUGUACUCGGAUAUCGCUGCGAAUGGCUACAAUAUCUUUUACUUGACGAGUCGUUCCGUUGGACAAGCCGACACCACCCGGACCUAUCUCAACGGCAUUGUCCAAGAUGGCUGGAAACUCCCUCGCGGUCCCGUUAUCAUGAGCCCAGAUCGUACGAUUGCGGCAUUGCGGCGAGAGAUCUAUCUGCGUAAACCCGAAGUGUUCAAGAUGGCCUGUCUGAGAGAUAUCCUCAACUUGUUCCCUGGCAAGACGAACCCAUUCUACGCCGGGUUUGGCAAUCGCUUCACAGACGCGCUGAGUUAUCGCAGUGUCAACAUUCCUUCCACACGGAUCUUCACGAUCAACACCAACGCGGAGGUGUCGCUCGAUUUGUUGACGCUGAACAAAUACCGCAGCAGCUACGUGUCGAUGCGUGAGUUGGUUGACCAUUUCUUCCCGCCCGUGUCGACGCUGGUCAGGGAGGGAGGCGAGGACUAUACCGACUUUACGUACUGGCGAGAUACGCCGCAGGACUUGGAAGACUUCACGCCGACUGAUUCAGAAGAAGAGGACGAAGAGGAUGAAGACUUGGACGACGAUGAGGAAGAAGCAGAGGUUGCAUCUGACAACGAGAUGGGCGACAGCUUCAUCUCGCGGGAGAGCUUGGACGACUCUGCGCUGAGCGAGUCGAUCCGAGAGUCGAUUGAAGUGGACGACGCAGCUGAGGUGCUUGAAGCUACGAGGAUCAGCAGAAGAGAUCGACUCGACGAGCAGGACUUUACGGAUGAUUAUGUGGAAGACAUUCCGCAUCGGUCGACGAGACAAAAUACUAUCUGA